ACUAUCAAAUCAGUAAAGCCUAGGCCUAUUAGGUUUAGAGUUCAGAGUCUGGGUCAGGCAACUAAUAGUAAUUAUUCUAAUCUGUAGAACUAAAAGUGGAUCCUGAUUCCAGAGGCUCAACUCUGGGCUAGAGACGGGGUGGAAAAACAAAAAUGGUAAAGCUUCACAUUAAAAAAGGAAAUGAAUCCCAAUUUUUGCAUGAGACAACAGUCGAUGUAGAAAUAUCAGAACUCUUAAAAGAUGUGGUUGCUAUUUAUAAUGGAAGGCUAAAGGUUGGCCGAAUUUGUACUGAAAUGGAAGAUUUGGCAAAACAUGGUACUAUGCUUCCUCCCAACAUGCAAGGGUUAACUGAUGAGCAGGUAAUAGAACUAAAAUUGAAAGAUGAAUGGGGAGAAAAAUGUAUUCCCAGUGGUGGAUUUGUGGAAAACAAAGAUACUAUUGGAAGAAGGAAUGGAAAAGCUCCAAAUCAGAAAAUGGCAGAAGUAUUAACUAAGACCUUGAGUGAGGCCAAAGCCAAGGUUUCAAAAAAACAAAUCGAAGCCAAUGUCUGUCUGAGCCAGACAAUGGUUAAAGAAGCCCUUGAUAUAUUGCAAGGUGCAGUCAUGAUUGUGUAUCCAAUGGGUUUGCCUCCACAUGAACCCAUAAAGAAAGAGCUGGACAAUGAAGAGGAUCUUUCGGGAACACAGGCAUUUCUUGAUGUCUUGGAAGUAACACAAACACAGUUAUGGUGGGCUGGUAAGGAGUUAGAGGUUGGAAAAAAAUUAGCUAAUUACGUUGGGAAAAAUGAGAAAACCAAAAUCGUUGCAAAACUUCAAAAGAUUGGCCAGGGUGCCCCAGCUAGGGAGCCUGUGAUGAGUGAAGAAGAACAGAAACGAAUGAUGCUUUAUGCAUAUAGGAAACAAGAAGAAAUGAAGUUUACUUUAAAAGGUGUUACAUUCGCCGGAAUUGGUUCAGAGUGUUUCUCGGUAGGCCUUCUUCUUCCAACGAGAUGUUUAGAACAGAUGUAUGUCUUUUGUAACACGCCUUUCAUCAAAACCAACACGAGAACGUGCUCGAAUGCGGAGAUUGGGUGAAAGCCGGAACCACACAAAAGUACCCGGAAGGGCCAUUUAUUCAACUUUGAUCACCAUAAAAACUACAUCAAAUACUUUCUCUUGUUUCUGUCCUCAUAAACAAAAUAAAAUUAUUGCAAAACCACAUUUUAUAUUUGCAUAAUUCAUAAACAUGUUGACGGAACCACACAAAAGUGCUUCUCUUCUCAAUCGCCAGAUGCUCAAUCUAGUGAUCGUCUCAGUUAAUGGUGGACAACCACUCACUCUUAUUGAUCAGUAAAUUGACAUUGAUCAACUGUUGAAGCUGUUACCUCAGUAUCUGGUCGCUCUUCAUCUAGUUGGGGAUCAUCAGAUACAUCUAUUUAGCUCUUUCUCCCCCAUGAUAUGAGUUGGCAUCCUCAUCAGACUCUUGGUUAAGCCAGUGAACCAAAGUCUCAUCUGUGACAUAUGAACACAGCUUAUCAAAGUAUUCCACAUGCUUUCCCGUGCCUUGAAUUCACUGUAACUCGUAUAUUUAUGGACCAACUUGUUAGAGUGCAAGUUAUGGACCAAUUCAGCUGGAUCCAAAUUUCUUCUGUGCUGCUGACAUGUGCCACAACCAGAUCCACUUCCCACACUGGAACAUCCAUUCUUAUAUUGUCCAAUCAUAACACUGCUGCCAUAAAGUAACCUUCCUUAGUUGUUAUCAGAUGAAUUCGUACAUGUACACCAUUAUAUUCCUGUGGACACUGCGGUACAUCUUUUCAUGGUGGAGGAACAUACAUCACAUAAAUGAGGAGGUGAACUUCCUGCCUUAACACGUUUCUUUGCUUUAUAUGCCAUCAUAUGAUACGUGUUCAUCCAGUCAGUUCUGUUGAGAAUUCACAAAUUCUGUAAGCAUCUGUUGGAUAGUAUGUAUUACUCAUUCUAAUAAAUCAUCAGAAUGGGGUGAU